CUGAGUAGCUCUAAGAAAUCACAGCCAGUGAGUGCUAGUCAGAAAGCGUCUGUUUUUUGUUUCCUGACUUGCAGCUCUUUCUGUUGUCAACAGGAUUAAAAGUCAAUAUGCCUAAAAAGAAGAAUACAAGUAAAACUAAGAAGCCCACAUUGAGUUCUCCUCAGAUGGAUUCAUCUUACAAGGAAAGACUGGAAGAGGCAGGACUCACUUUGAAACAAAAGGAAGAUGAACUGAGUUCAGUCAAAGUCAGUUUGACUAACAUGGAGACGUGGUACAAAGGGAGGCUUGGUGAGAUGGAAGCUGCUCUGAAACAAAAGGAUAAUGAGCUGAACUCAGUCAAACAGAGAUUGACUGGGAUGGAACAAAAGAUGACCGGCAGACUCACUGUUUCUAGUUGUACUGAGGACAAAACAAUGACUGUCCAAUCAGUGUACAAAGAAGCUUCUGGGAUUGAGACCAGUCCCAGCAGCAGAUUUAAACCUUACGAUACAAGUGUGGCUGAGAUUGAGAUAUUUUACAAACAAAAAUUGGAUGAAGUGAGUGCUGCUCUAAAACGAAAAGAUAAAGAAUUGAAAUCAUUUAAAGACAGAUUGGCAUCCAGGUCAUAUUUAUUUAAAUCUGGAGACACCGAGAGCAUGAACAACCCAGUCAGUAAAACCAGACUGACUGAGAUGUACGACAACCUGAAACUGCUGCAGUGGCCUAAAGUCAAAGAUCAACUGAAAUCCAGAAACAUCCAAUCAAAGGUUGUUCAAGGUUUAAUUCAGGAAACCUUUAGGAGUGCAGCAGGUGAAGCAAACAAAAAGAAACAGCAGAUUGAAGAGGCAUUUGGACUCAAUGAAUAUAGCAGUGGACUGACUCCACAGAAGGUUAAAGAGUACAGACAGCUCACAGUUCAGAACCUGCAGAUGGUUCUGUUCCACACCAACAAAGAAGAACUUCUGAAGACUGGUUUCCCUGAACUUGGAGGUCAGUACUCAGAGGAAGUGAUGGUGAAUCUGAGACCUCUGACCUCUGAAUGCUACUGGCUGAGCUGCUUGAUGGCUUUAAACAAUCCUCCUCUUCAGCCGGACUGGAGGAACUUUGUUCCUUCGAUGGAUCCUUGGGACAUUUUCCCUCAAAACGUUACAUCUGCUUCUGUUAUGUAGAGGAAAAGUACUUUUGCAGGACAGCAUAGUUGGUGGUGUUUGGGUUUGCUGGUAAUUCCUCUUUUUUUUCUGAUUUAAUUUCAGUGGUAUUAAAAGUCAUAAAGCCGUUCCAAGCUUGUUUUCAAUAUGCUUCACCAGUUUAUUUAGAGCUAAUCAGAGGGACAGACGGGGAGGCUGGAUACUGUUGAGUACAGUUUCAACAGUUUAAGGCCAAAUUUCUGGAUGAAAAUACUUUGAAUUGGUUUGAUGUAAUGUAAUAAUCUGGAUUGUUGUGUUUUCAGUAGCUGUAGGAGGAAAAGUAUCACAUUUACCAGAA